CAUUAUGUUGGACAUUUUUUAGGUCCAUUUCCUACCAGGCGAACUGGUUCACAAGAAAAUGGGCGGAUAGUUGACAACGGGGAGUUUAAGAACCACAUUUGUGUCAGACCUGAAACAGGAGGAAUGAGGUUUACUGUCAGAACGAUGACAUCAGCCGCUCGGGCUGUUCAGCAGCUUUUUGAAAUGCUGCUAAAUUCUUCAAAAUGUGGCCCAUCUGGGGUUGAUAGAUAUUCCUGUAAGGCAGUGACAGACGUGGGGCACCUUCAGUGUUUUGUAAGCUAGCGCCUAGCAUGUCUUCACAUGAGCACUGAAGCCCACUGCCAGCCAGUUGUUCACACGGCAGACAAAGAGGAAUCAACUUCUCAACAUUCCUCGGCUUCGAUAAUCUGUGAGGAGUCAACAAGGCUUUUCUGACCCCCCCCCCAGCCUGCCCAGGAAAUGGUCUAUGUCCAUCUCCCCCCUUUUUCUUUGCAAUUUUUCCACCAAUUAGCUAAAAAAGAAUCUGUGCUGAGUAAUACCAUGUGACUGGCUAAUCCCGUCGUGGGCCAUGCUACAAAUCAAAGUUCUCAGCCUGCCCCCUCCUCACUGGCUGCUUCCCGGCCUGCUGAACACCCAGCUCUCGCUCUCGGAGAAGAUUUUCUCCUUGAAAAUAACAUCUCCUGCCCACUUCUGCCGUGUGAGAAGCUGUGAUAAGAAUCCAAGGACAUGGCGGUCACUGGUGGAACCUUCCGGAUGGUGUCUGAGGAGGAACAGGCAUUACGUGCCAAACUGGAAAGACUAACUGUGAAGGAUCAUGGACCUGUGUUUGGACCCUGUGCCAAGCUUCCAGACCACACAGCCCAGAAGGCGAAGGACGAGUUGAACGAGACGGAGGAGAAGCGGGCAGCUGCUGUGGUACAGCUGCGCAUGAUUAUGAAGAAGGCGGACAACGGGGACGACCUGUCCAAGGGUGUGCUGGAGACCUUCGGGGACAAACCCGACAACGUGCUGGUGCGGUUCAUCCGAACCCGUAAAUAUGACACGGAGAGAGCCUAUGAGCUUAUGAAGGGCUACGUACGGUUCAGGCAGCAGUACCCCGAGCUGUUUGAGAACCUGACCCCGGAGGCUGUACGCAGCACCAUCGAGGCAGGAUAUCCUGGCAUCCUGCCCACCAGGGACAAGUAUGGCCGCGUCGUGCUGCUCUUCAACAUCGAGAACUGGGACUACGAGGAGAUCACCUUCGAUGAGAUCCUGCGCGCCUACUGCGUCAUCCUGGAGAACCUGCUGGAGAAUGAGGAGACCCAGAUCAACGGCUUCUGCAUCAUCGAGAACUUCAAGGGCUUCACUCUGCAGCAGGCAUCAGGCAUCAAAGCCAAUGAACUGAAGAAGAUGGUGGACAUGCUGCAGGAUUCCUUUCCUGCCCGGUUCAAGGCCGUGCACUUCAUCCACCAGCCCUGGUACUUCACCACCACCUACAAUGUGGUCAAGCCCCUCGUGAAGAGCAAACUACUGGAGAGGGUGUUUGUUCACGGCGAUGAGCUGGAAAAUUACUUCAAGGAGUUUGAUGCAGACAUCCUGCCAGCCGAGUUUGAUGGGAAUGGUGCCAAAUAUAAUGGCAAAGCAACCGCAGAAAAGCUAUUUGGGUCUGACACUGCUCUGUAACCCUAUGAUCUCAUCAAAUUACUGGGUACCCAAAAAUACAUACUAUAUUUAAUGGUGUUUCUAAGGUAUAAUGUACACCUUGUUUUGUGAACGCAAAACCUUGCUCUCAACAGAGCCAGUGCAGUAGGUUCCUGGUCAAUGGGAGGACUGGAAGAUAAUGUUACAGAAACAUCUGAAUGUUUAGCAAAGAUGGUAGUCCGGUAUUACAACAUCGACCACAGUAACAAGCACAACCAAUGAAACAUAUUAAUGCUUCUAGCCUAUCACGUGUGCCGAUGAUGAAACCUAAGGGCCCUGCAGCUGCUAUUGGUCACCUCAUGAGCUGACCUUCCUCCUUCAGGCCAAUGAAAUCAGACCCCAGAUGUAUGGGCCUAGUACCCUCCUCUGCCCUAAUUUAGGAAGGAUAAGUCCAUAUUCACUGUGCAAGGACACAUAUUGUAUCCGAGUGGAAGCGAAUAGUAAAACAUC